AUGCUUAACGAAUCGUUGAUAGCUCAGCGGCUAAAUCAUGUUACCGAAUCGUUAGAAGUUCAGUUUGCCCUUUGGGGAAGGGAUAGCGAGGUGUCCCAGUCGAGACUUUCUUUGCCGCUAAACGAGUUUGUGCUUGAGUUAAAACAGGAAGCUGACCAAGUGGCGCAUGCAAUUAACAGCAACGCAAGACAUAACAUACGCUGGGACUCGUUACAGGACAAAUUGUCCACUCUUAACGCACAACUCAGCCAUCCCGAGGGACAAAAAAAUGCGGGCGUCAUCGGUACAGGCGCGGAUGCGGAAGCAAAUACGGAAUCAAAUGCGCCUGCAAAUGCACAUGCACAUGUACAUGCAGGUUCAGGUUCAGGUAUGCAUGUUCCCAUGUCACCCGUGAGUUCGGACACAGACAAGUAUCUAUUAGAGACGAUUGUCCAGUACAUGGACAUUUUACAAUUCUAUCACAAGAUGCAAUUGUCCAUGGACCACUACCAUGCGCUUGUAGAGACAAAAGAUUACUACUCGAAGCUAAGGGGCUCAGUAUGGAAGUACACGGUAAUUCCUCUUCAAUUUUGGAGACACGGGUUCCAAGUUUCUACUCUUAAAAGUAUGUUUACCGCCAAGACCAUGAAAGUAGGAGACCUAGUAAACGCGAAGGACCUCUUGGCUACCCCUACAAGGCUAAUAAACUACCACAUGGACGAUGUUUCCAAAAAACUCACAUCUGAGAUCGAUGCUCUAUUGGUAUCUACUGGGGAGCAAUUGUCCCAGUUUGAAAGUGCAAGCCAAGCUCCAAGCGAGUCACAAUUGUCCCACACAAACUCAAACUCUUUGAACAUUGUCAUGUCACAGAUCCAGUCCAUCUCUAAACUUGAGUUUUCCAUACCGGCAGACAUUCGUAUCCCACCGUGGUACGAGAGACAAUGGUUCCAAUUGUCCUUUGUCUCGUUGUAUGGACCCACUUUAUUGAGAAGGCUUGUACAAAACGGACAAUCGAUGUGGCAACUCGUGUCCCAAGGCGCUUACCAAUUUGUCUCGGGGCUCGUGGAAAACUGGAUAUGGACACCGCUCACGCAAAUCUGGGACACAAUCAGCUACGACUCCGGUAACCUCCUAGUGACGAGCCCGGAAAAUUUGACAUCGGAAUUGAACUCAUUAAUCCGGAUGAUCGUGGAGUUUCUCCGAGACCGCUCUGAACAUGCGGGGUCCAGCAUCGACGUAGACGAGUUGACAAGGCAGAUCAUGGACGGGAACUUGCAGCAGUUCAUGCAGAUCUACGAGCACCAGAUAGAAAGUCCGGUCAGAAGCAUAUUGUUUGACAACAUGGCACGUUCGCUGUUGAUCCAGUUGCAGAAAGUGAAGGUGGAUGGAUCCAUGGCGAUGAAUGGGAUCAACAGGCUAUUGAAAUCGCAACAGCUCUUGUUUUCGAUUGUAUCGCUAAUGCCAGCGUUGAUAAUUGUGUGGGCAUUGCGGAACUUUGUGCUAAGCACGAUAUCGUCUGGUGUGGAGUGGGCGAAGAACGUGGAACACACCAAGUACGUGAUAAACAGGUCGCUGAACGAGGUUGAGAGAAUACUAAACGUUUCUGAAUCGCGCGGCGCGCUCGAGUCGCACGACGAACAGAUGAAGAGCCUAGCUUUGCUCAAUUUGGAGAUCGCCACGCUAAGAAUGGUGAUGGCGAAGUACCUUCCAAAGGGAUACAGGUCGAUCUGGAUGCGCGAUUGCAACGAUCUCGGGGACCACAAGCUCACAAACGAGGCCAAGGUCCAAGUAAUCAAUAGAAUUCAUCACAUGUAUGGCAAAUUUAUGUAA